AGCAAUUUUGGCUCGAGUGAUUGCGGCAUCAGCGCCAGUGGGCGCAACAGGGACGCCGCAGGCGCGCUCAGCAACGCCGGCGCUGCGUCGCCCUCGCGUCGGGGGCGGCUGGGGGCGGCUCCCAUGGCGCGGGGCAUCCGCCAUCCCCCGAACCUUCAGCGUGUGUGCCUCCUGACAGCGGCUCCCUGGAAGAAGUACGUUGUGGGAGCAGUCAUUGUGGCUCUGUACGGCGCUUCGAUCAACCGGUGGGCCAAGACUCAGGGGGAGCCUUACCAGUGGGCGCUGCAGGAGCAGAAGCGCCUGGUGAAGGAGAAAGCGACGAAGGCCAGGGAGGAGGGCGUGACGUCCACCGCGGAGCGCAAGGAGACCGAGCUGGACAUCGACUACGAGUCGUUGCCAUCGGAGUGGCUGCCCGACAUCUGGGCGUGCGCGCUGAUCGCCCUGACCGUCAGUCUGCACAUCUUGUUUCACCUCAUGUGCCACUGGUUCAUCGGGUUCAAGGCUGCGUUCCUCUUUGAGCCCACCAGCACAAUCCGAGCGGGCACGUGGGUACUGCUGAACCCGAAGGCCAAUAAGGGGAAGGCAGAUAUAUGCUUGGUGUCGGAGUCGGAGGUGACGCUGAAAUUUCAUUUCACGUUCCAGUACCAGGCGUAUGAGUGUGUCGAUCCUGGAGAGGAUGACCCUGAACUCACUGGAGACGUAGAUGACUACGGGGUCCGCCUCAUUCAGUGCCCUGUGAAUUUGGGAUGGAAGACGUAUAUGAGUUCCGUGGGCCUCAGGACAGACACGGAGGUGGAGAGAGCGCAGGACAGGUUCGGCACGAACGUAUUCGAGUUGCCCAGGCCGACUUUUAUGCAGCUUUUCCAGAAGCAGUUGAUGGCACCGCUGGCCAUAUUCCAGUUCUUCUGCACUGCGCUCUGGAUGCUUGAUUCUUACUGGAAGCACACCUGCAUGACGCUUGUGUCCGUGGUGGGGUUCGAGGCUUCCACCGCCAUGCAGCGCCUGAAGUCCACGACGACGCUGCGGGGCAUGGGCACGAAGAGCUACUCCGUGUACGUCUACCGCCAGCUGGAGUGGCACGAGAAGCCGAUCGAGGAGCUGCUCCCGGGGGACCUCGUGUCGCUCUCCAUGGCCAAGGCGGAGGCCAGCGAGGAGGCCAACCGGGCGGCGGGGCAGCAGGGCAGCAAUACGAAGCCGGACGGCAAGAGCCUCACGGUGCCGUGCGAUUGCCUCCUGCUUUCGGGCAGCGCCAUCGUCAACGAGGCAACCCUCACCGGCGAGUCCGUCCCGCAGAUGAAGGACGCGAUCCCGGCCGACGCCGGCGACAACGAUCGGGUCGAUGCGUUCGGGAAGCAUAGGAUCCACGCCCUCUUCAGCGGCACCUCCCUGAUACAGGUCACACCGACUCAGAAGGCCCUGGAAGGCGGCGCCAAGGAGUGCAAGGAAAACGCGCGGUGGUGCCCGCCCGACAACGGCGUGGUUUGCUACGUUAUGCGCACGGGCUUCAAUUCUUCCCAGGGCGAGCUGAUGCGGAUGAUCGAGUUCUCCUCCGAGGACGUUGGCGCGGAUACGAUCGAGACGUGCCUGCAGCUGGGGUUCCUGCUGUUCUUCGCUCUCGUAGCCGCUGGCUACGUCCUGAAGAAAGGUCUGGAGGAUCCCACGAAGCCGACGUACAAGACGCUUCUGAGAUGCAUCCUCAUCAUCACCAACGUGGUGCCGCCUUCGCUGCCGAUGCAGAUGGCCUUCGCAGUGCACACGGCGCUGGCUGCAUUGCUGAAGACGGGCAUCUUCUGCACAGAGCCUUUCCGGGUGCCUUUCGCUGGACGUAUCGGCUAUUGCUUCUUCGACAAGACAGGGACUCUCACGUCAGACCAGAUGGUUGCAGUGGGGAUCGUCAGUGCAACCUCUGGCAAGCAGGCCGAGAAGGGCGCCGCGGUCAGAGACCCGAAGCCCUGCAAGGAGGCCUCCACGAUGGCGGCGGUUGUGGUCGCUGGGUGCCACUCGCUCAUUGAGGUGGACGGCAAGCUCCUCGGGGACCCCAUCGAGAUCGCCGCCAUGAACAGCGUGUCUUGGAGUUUCGUCCCGGGCACCGCCACGGCGUCGCCAGGCCCCUGGAGGGCGCGUGAGAUCUUCGUCGAGAAGCAGAAGGAUAUCAUGAAGUCGCUCCGAGACGACGUCGAGGCCGACAAGAAGGAGAAGGAAGAGAUGAAGAAGAAAGUCGAAGAGCUCGAGAAGACUAUCCGACAGGAGAAGCAGGAGGCGAAGAAGCUUCAGGUUGUGAUCCAGCAGCGCUUCCACUUCUCCUCCGAUCUGCAGCGCAUGAGCACCAUAUGUAAGUUGAGCUCGUCCAACUCCACCGUGGCGCCAGGCACAUACUGCCUCACGAAGGGCUCUCCAGAGGCCAUUGGCAGGAUGCUCGUGUCCAAGCCAGACUGGUACGAUGCCACCUACACCAAGAUGGCCGAAAAGGGCCAACGUGUAUUAGCACUGGCGUACAGACACUUGGGGACCGAUGCCAAGACGUCCCGGGACGCGGUAGAGAAAGAGUUGACGCUGGCCGGGUUCAUCUCGUUCAAGUGCGAGACCAGGAAGGAUUCCAUGCUGGUCAUCAAGUCACUGCACGACUCGGCCCACCGCUGCGUGAUGCUGACUGGGGACGCGCCACUGACAGCGCUUAGUGUUGCUGGCGAGGUCGGCAUUGCGCGCCACAGCUCCAAGAAGGCGCUGGUUCUGUCGGAGAAGGACGACGGGGCCUUGGAGUGGGCGCCCGCCAUCACCUCGGGCAGCGAUGCGCUCGCCCCCGUGGCGUUCUCUCCCGCGGGGUUCGAGAGCCUCGCUGAGGAGCACGACCUCGUGAUCACCGGCCGGUCUUUGGAGGUGGCCAUGCAGCGAGACGAUGCCGAAGCCGUGCAGGGCAAGCUGUCAGCAGUGCGCAUCUUCGCGCGCCUGUCCCCCGCGCAGAAAGAACAGGUGAUCCGCGCCGUGAAGGUCAGCGAGAAGACCUUCUCUCUGAUGUGCGGUGACGGCGGCAACGACGUGGGCGCCCUCAAGGAGGCCGACGUGGGCGUCGCGCUGCUCAGCGGCUUCGGGAACGCCAACGUCGACCAGGACGCCAGCUCCGACGACAAGCUGGCCAAGCUGCAGGACCUCAAGGACGCCGAGGAGGAGCUGGAGAAGCAGCGCAAGGAGAAUGGGCAGAAGGCGCAGGCAAUUGCCAAGAAGGCGAACGAGGAGAUGGCGCGCAAGCGCAAGGACCUGAUGUCCAGGCAGCAGCAGUGGGUCGAGGAAGAGCUGGCUGCCCGAAGGGCGCGCGGAGAGGACACCGGCAUAAUGGCCCAGAUGAGUGCCAUGAAGUCUGUGAUGGGCCGCAUCCAGGCCGAGCUGAAGAAGGAGCAGGAGAUGAUGCAGAAGAAGCACGGCAACGCCUUCGCAGCGAGCGCCGCGAAGCAAGCAGAGGGGUUAGACAUGAUGGAGGACACUCCCAUGGUUCAGCUCGGUGAUGCCUCUACGGCCGCGCCCUUCACGACGCGCACGCCGUCGAUCAGCUCCUGUGUGGACAUCAUCCGCCAGGGUCGCUGCACGCUGCUGUCGGCCGUUCAACAGAUGGAGAUCAUGAUGCUGGAAUCGAUGAUCUCAGCAUACACCAUGUCGACCAUGUCUGUGGACGGCACACGCUCCUCUGAGGCCCAAAUGAUGGCCAGCACCAUGCUGCUGAUGGUGGCCACCCUGGCAUUCUCGUUCGCGAGGCCAGUGGACCGGAUGCACCCUGUGAAGCCUCUCGCGUCCGUGUUUCACCCCGCUAUCUUGUUCAGCUUCUUGGGGCAGCUAUCCAUACACCUCAUCACCAUGGUGUACAUGGCAGAGCUCGCCAGAAACGCCAUGGGCGAGGAGGCCGUGCAGGCCGUUAUCGAGUUCGAGAAGGAACGAGACAAGAAGAUAGAGAGCUUGGACGAGGAGGCGAUGUCACAGUGGAACUGGUUCCUGUCUGUACCCUUCAAGACCAAUUUGCUGAACACAUGCUGCUGGCUGAUUCAGACGUCCCAGCAGGUGUCGGUGAUUUUUGUGAACUACAAGGGGAGACCGUGGAUGAAGGGCCUCUUAGAAAACCAAGCACUAUUCAUGUCGCUGUUCCUGAGCAUUGUCAUGGUGGCUGUUUGCGCCUGGGGCACCUUCCCUUGGUUCAACGAACUCCUGAACCUGGAGGUGGUCCCCGAGGAGCUCAGGUGGCAGGUGAUGGCCUCGCUGUUUGCGUCCCUGAUUGGCUCCUUCGUCUGGGACAGGCUGAUGAUGUUCGUAUUCUCCCGCCAGAUCUUCGACGCGACCUUGCAGGAGGCGAUGUCCACGAGGCCUUCGGAUUUCAUCCCGCUCUUGAAGACGGUGGGCUACAUCCUCGGUGGCCUGUUCUUCCUCGGUUCCGGCAACCCGAUCCUGUGGGGCCUCGGCUACAUGAUGUACCGGAACUACAAGAAGGCAAACGAUCCGGCCGCCGCGGGCGGCGCUCCCGCCGCCGCCGGGGCGGCGAGGCCCGCUUGAGCAAGGGGCAGCGACAGGUGCCGCGGUUGCACUGGCCCCCAGUCUCUCCAGAGAGGGGAGGCUUGGCAGGCUUGGAUCUCGUCCACCUCGCGCGCUUUGGCGGCUGAGAGGGGCGAGGGCUGCCGAGGAAGCCACGAUCAGCUCGAGCAGCGACGGGGGGCCCUUCGCAUGAGAGGCGGGCGGGAAGUGUUGAAUAUACAUCUGCCCGCGGCGAGCGGAGGCCUCCGACCGCUCCGAAGCGCAGGCGCCGCUCCGCCCACGGGGGUCGGCCCAGGGGGCGGCGAUGCGCGCACCGAGGGUCUGCAGCGGUGGGCCCGGCCCCGCGGCCGCUGGCCACGGCAACUUCGCCCGUUGAGGAGCACGGGGCUGGCGAGCUGUGCGGGUUCUCCCUCAAAGCCACGCUCAGCUAAAGGGGCCCCUGCAGACCUUCCAGUUUUGAGCCCGGCAUGUGAUAUCAUUCGUGGGGAGCCAAGGCGCCUUGGCGCACGAGGCACGGUACAACACCUGGUUACACACCGCUGUUCGUCCGCUCAGCGCUGGAGCCGCCACGAAUGCAAGUGCUAUAGACCCAGUGCCAAGGUGCCACUGACGGUGCAAUUUUCUGUUGCUGCGAGCGCCUCCCAGCGGCGGCGCGCCGGGCCCCGCCCAUCCGCGGCCUUCGCCUCGGGCUGCCUGGCCCGAGGUCUCCUCACAGCCUCGGGGGGGCGUCUGCCGCCGUGGGCGGCAACGGGCUGCGGGCACGAGCGAGGCGCUCCCGGCGUAGGUCUUGACGCCUGGUGUCCCACUCCUGUCAGGGGCGGCGAUAGGGGGGGAUAGGCAUAGGGGGGGGGGGACCCCCGCCAAUCAUCCUUGCCCACCACCCUGUGUCAACUCAGAGCAACGGCACGCGAACUCCAGGCACUGUCUGCUUGACGCACCGAAGCGAGGCAGGAGAAA